AUGGCAGAAAUUCAAACACUCGAUUUGAUCCGAGUGGAGAAUAAUGCAGAGCUCAUUUCCAGCACUCCUCCAUCAUUUGGAGAUAUUAGAAUUAAACCCUUGAACUCUCUACUGCUUCCGAUAGUUUCUGAUGCGAAAAUUCUAUAUGAUACAACAAGAUUUACCUAUUUUGAAGUUAAAUUAUGUCAAACACUAACUAAACUUUUCAUUGGAUUUGGGUUUACUUCAUCAGAGUCACAUGAUGACGAAGAUAUUGUUGGAUGGGAUACAGACACUAUUGGUUUUCAUUAUGAUAACGGAAGAGUCUAUCAGGAAACAAGUUUUACAGCACCUAUUGCUGAUAAACUUCAUUUAGUGGAUGUAAAGGGAGAUGAAGUGUUUGGAUUCUUUUUGGACCACGAAAUUGGUGAAUUCAAAGUGACAUGUAAUGGAAGAUUAUUGCACAAUUCAUUGGGAACUCGAUUCACAAUGGAAAAGUACAAGAAGAAGAUUUUUAAACCAAUGAUAAGUGUGGAUUGUGGAAUGAGAGUUGAGAUGGAAAUUAAUUUGGGAUUACAAUUGGGAAGUCGACCAUUUUUAUUUACAGAGAUGGUACUGGUGAAACAGAGACAGAAAUUAUUUGAAAUGCAAGGGAAAUGUUCUGAUAUGGAAAUUGUUUGUCAGGAAUAAUGCAUUUUCCCAUAGGUCAAUUCAAGUUUUCAAGAGUCGAAUAAUGACAGGCUGUUGAAACACUACGAAUUGAACAAGAAAGAACUUUCAUGAUGAAUUGAAUUCUCAUUAGAUAUUGCAAAAUUGAGUUUUUUUUCCGUUACCAUAACAAUAUACCAAUAGUUGCGUCACAACACAUACCCAAUAAAUCGGC